CAUCGCGCAACAUGGAGUCUGCCAACGUCGAACUUGCCAACAUCGCGCUUGCAAACAUUCAGCCUGCCAACAUGGAACCUGCCAACGAAGCCCAGGUUCCUCCCCCCUGAUCGUGCUAAGAUGGCCGAACACGCUCAGCUGCGUGAGAUGUGGGCUGCCAACCAGAACGCCGAACUCAACCUUCUGGGCGCCAUGAACGCUUGUCAGAUGCACUUCGAUGACACUACCUUCUGGGACCGUGACAACAGAAGCGGCUACCACAACUACCAAAUCACCGAUCCCCACGCCUGCUACGUUGCACGCCACAACAGCAUCAACAACAUCACCGCAAACAACAAGAUGUACGCUGGCAUGGAUGACUUCUACGCCGAGCAGCAGAAGGCCUACGACAAGCUCCACGCUUACAACUCGACCAAGUACAGCAGAGAGACCAUCCAGGGCACUAACCGUCAGAAGGCUGCUCGUGGUGGCGCUGCUACCCGCAGAGCCAACAACGCUAAGCGUCAUGAGGAGAUGGUCGUUGGCAUCGUCGAGGAACUUGUCGCUCUGAGAGACUACUCCGGUGUUCUGGACGAGAAGUACAAGAAGCGCUUCGACAGAGUUGCCAAGGAGGUCGUCGCUGCCGCAAAGAUCAAGAUGACUCCUGAGAUCAAUGCCAAGAUCUUCUAUGGAGUCGCUCCUGGCUCUCAGACUGAG